AUGAAGAAAACAUUUGAUAAUGAUGGAAAUAAAUCCGAGAAACAUUUAACACAGAACUUUAGUUCUCCUACAUUUGAUCAUUCAAUUGAUUUUGAUUAUAAACGUGAUAUAAAAUGUCUAUCGAAAAUAUUACAAAAAUGUGAUAUAACUCAUCCAUUAGAUUUAGGUUUUAUUCUUCGUUUUUUAUCAUCAUAUAAUUGGGAACAACGUAUGAUACUUGUUUAUGGUCUUGAAUAUGAAUAUGAUUAUAAAAUUAUUAAUAUGAUACUUGAACAAUCUGAAUCUUUUGUACGAUCAUGUACAUUAUCUAUGAUAAUUGGACCUAUUGAAUUAUAUGUACGUGAUUUUCAUGAUUUACUUAUAUUACAACAAAUUGAUAAAAAUAAUUGUAAUAUAUUUAGAAAAUUAUUAGAAAUUUUAUUAGCAUUAAAUAAUCAUGAUACACAAAAAUUUAAAGAAACUUAUGAAAAAUUAUUUAAAAAUUCUGUUCAAAAAGAUAUUGAACUUAUUCAAGAACAAAAUAAUAUUGUAUCAAAAUUACUUAUUCAAUUACUUGAAGGAAAACGUUGUGAAGGACCUGUAAAUUCAGUAUCAGUUGCAAAAAUAAUUGCACAACAAUUAUAUGAAGUUCGUCAAGGUACAUCUGAUAUUGAUCGUGAUACAUAUGUACAACUAUUUACACGUGAUACUUUUUCACAAUUAGCAGCUAUAUUUGAUAUAUAUGAAGAUAAAUAUGGACAAUCAAUACAAGAAGCUAUUGAACAUCAACUUCAAAAUCAAAUUGAAAUCAACUGUUUUCAAGACAUGGUUGAAUAUACACGAUCACCAUGUGUUUAUUAUUCUAAAAUACUUCGACAAGCAUUAGAUGAAACACCAAUAGAUUAUAGAACAUUAAUAAGAAUUAUAAUUGGUCAUGAAAAUAAAGAUUUAUGUGAAAUUAAAUUAGAAUAUUCAAAAAUUUAUGAUGAAACACUUGAUAAAACAAUAGAACAUCGUAUUGAUAUUGCAGAAAUAAAACAUACAUUUGUUAUGAUAAUUACAAAUGGAAAAAUUUUAAAAUCGCCUCGUUGUGGACGUUCUUUUUUUGAUCGUAAAAAUAAUAGUAAUCUAAGUAGUUUAAGAAUAAGUCCAAUAACAACGGGUGGUAUAGAAUUAACAAAACAUCGUUCACAAGAAGCAUUUGAUAAACUUGCGCAUAUAUUUAAAAUAAAACAUCCACAUCAUAAUUCUUAA